CAGGUCACAUUCUAUCUGAUAGAUGUCGAGCAAGUUCUUUCUGUUUGAACAGAAAAUGGAGAAUUCACAGAGGCCCAUGCUUCUUUUUUUAGGGAUAUAUAUUUUCUCAAUGCAGUGGAUACUGGCCCAUCAGCAAGUCAAUGUGGCCUUAGGAGGAAUAGCAACACAAUCAUCUGUAUACCUUGACUGCACUGCUUCUCUUGCUAUUGAUGGCAUAAAAGAAACUAAUGCAUUUGCCCACUCAUGUACACACACAAAUACUGAAUCUAACCCAUGGUGGAGGUUGGAUUUGUUGGCGGUGUACGACAUUAGCAAUGUAAUCAUCACUAACAGAGGCGAUUGCUGUCCAGAACGGAUAAAUGGUGCUGAGAUCCACAUUGGCAACUCACUAAUCAACAACGGCAACAAUAACCCCAGUUGUGACGUUAUAGCUAGUAUGCCUGCUGGUGCUUCUGUAAACUACACCUGCAAUAUGCAGGGUCGUUAUGUGAACGUCUUCAUUCCCAUUGCUGGCCAGAUUCUCACAAUCUGUGAAGUGGAAGUCUAUGGGGUUGCAGUCCCUGUUUCUAAGAAGCCAUUUUUGAAAUUGAAGUUUAACAGCAACGAGGAUCUCAGAAACCCUACAGUAAGGGACACAAUUCUUCAAAAGAUCAAAUCUGCCAGUGUGCAUUCAUCGGUAGUUAAGGUUCGUUGGACAAAGGAACCACAACUUGAAACUAAAACUUAGAAAAAGACAGAAAAUCAUCUUAACUAGAAGUAGAAGAAGAAGACACAGCUACAGUCUAUGGACUACUAUGUUCUAUGUACAGUAUGUCAUUUAUUUAUAGGUUUAAAUGUAACAUAACAGUUAGAUAUUAUAUUAUACGAUUAUGCUAGUUAGAUUUUUCUCACUAAUUAUAAUUGAGAAGAUUUCUGGAAAAGUGAGAAUUUCGGUGGAACAGAAGAGAAAAGAAAGCAUUCACUUUGUAACAGCUGCUUAUUCAUCUGUCCACUUUACAGUUUUAAUUGCAGCAGUACCUAGAGAACAUUUUAGAAAUAGGAUAAAACAACUUAUUGUGAAAUGCUAAAUAGUCCUAAAGUUUAUUUAUAAUUAUGAAAAUUAUUACUAUUAAAAAAAGACUCAUUGAUCUCUGAUUGUCAUUGUUAAUAUAAAUCCAGCAAAUGUCUUUUUUCACAAAUAUCAGGUCUGACUGGGUCUAAAAUUAAACCCUGUCAAUAAUCCAUCUUUUUGGGAUCUUUUUUCAAGAUUUUAUGGUUUAUUUAGCACCACAGUGGCCAGUCUGUCUGCUGUUGCUGCUGUCAGGGGAAGUCCAUUUCAUAGCCAAGCAGCUUAAAAUGGGCUGUUUUACAACAGGUUGGUUACAUGCCUGAAAUACACCAUCACUUCUCCCACUUGCUGAUGCUCAGUGAGCUCAGUCAUCUGUUCCAUCUGUUGAAGGUAGCUGCUAUCAGAGGAGUUUAGCACCAAGGGCAUAGUUGACCUAAUGUGGCAGUUCAUCAUCUGUUUGCAGCAGGGGAUGAUGGAAUGGGUGGAGUGCCACUGUCUUGGAUCACUAGAUGAGGUGGUUCAAUUAACUAGGGCUAGUGAAAAAUCUAAAAAUCCCAUCUCAUAUCGCAGAAAUUGCCAGGUUGCCAAAUUCGUGUAUCUACCUACCACCCAAGUCUUAUAAACAUGACAUUGAGACCAUCAUUUGUCCAAGCAAAAAAAAAAAAGAAAAAGAAAAAGAAAAAAAAAAGAAGGUUUGGGAUGAGCUCACAAUUAUGUUUCAUUCAUUCAUUCAUCUUCUACUGCUUAUCCGAACUACCUCGGGUCACGGGGAGCCUGUGCCUGUAUCUCAGGCGUCAUUGGGCAUCAAGGCAGGAUACACCCUGGACGGAGUGCCAACCCAUCGAAGGGCACACACACACUCAUUCACUCACGCAACCACACACUAGGGACAAUUUUCCAGAGAUGCCAAUCAACCUACCAUGCAUGUCUUUGGACCGGGGGAAGAAACCGGAGUACCCGGAGGAAACCCCCGAGGCACGGGGAGAACAUGCAAACUCCACACACACAAGGUGGAGGAGGGAAUCGAACCCCUACCCUGGAGGUGUGAGGCGAACGUGCUAACCACUAAGCCACCGUGCCCCCUAGAUUGGAAUUCAAAAGUUAAAAUUCCUGAGUUAGAGUGCAGGAUAAGGAUACAGAUCUGUACCAUUUCUGUUGCAUGGUGGCCUGAAAUCCAGUGGAGAACAGAAUGAGUUUGCUCAUGUCUAGAUGUGCUUUAUAAGAAUUGAGAAGAAAUGCUGAACAAAACGAGACAAAACCACACUGUUGUUGCUGUUAAGCUGUAAACAAUCUUAAACAACUUUUACAUGAUGACUGUUUGAGAAAUGUGUCAUCAUAUAACUGGGCUGUUGUUGCUGUCCCCAAAGACCUGAGAACAUUAUGCCUCAUAUUUUGCCAACACAACACUUUUGUCUUGAGCUUAAACUUGGACUUGACAUUCUGUGACCAGCUUAAUAUUUUUUUUAUUUUUUAUUUUUUAUUUUUUAUUCACUUUCUUUAAGUGGAAGUGGUAUAAACUGAAAAGUGAUUGUGUCUAAGAAAUAGGGUUGAUAUAAAUAAAAGCAAGCACAAACAACAACAUUCUCUACACAUACACAGGGUUCUGUAGUUAUAUUUUACA